ACAAGUCCAACCGAGCCUUCGAGCAUCGCGACUUUAUUUCUUCUCCAAAUCUCACAGUGCGACUGAGCUACUCUAAAGAUGAGUGCUGGCUUCCUGGUGGCGCCCGUUCAUUGGCUAGCGGCUGCACUGCUCGUGUGCUCGUUUAUGGUGCUGACGCAGCCCAGCGUCUGCGCGGCGCGCAAUCUGCACAAGCGCUCCUUCCACGAGCUCGGCUGCCGUGGCAACUUCGAGCAAUCAUACCUGGCCCGCCUCGAGCGAGUAUGCGAAGAGUGCUACCAGCUGUAUCAAAACCCGGAAGCCUAUAAUCUAUGCAGGGACAAUUGCUUCAAGAACGAGUACUUCCUGAAGUGUGCCGAGGCGCUGCUUCUGAAAGAUGAGAUGGACAGUCUCAAAAGCAAGGUCGAUUACCUCUAUAGCCGCUGACCGGUUUGUCAAACCAAGGAAGAGGAGCCACCCACCAGUG